AUGUCUUAUCACUUUAACUUGCUGGGAUCCACUUUUGGCACUGGAUGGAGCAGCUUAUUUGGCAACGGAGCUAAUUUUGUCAGUGGCCGUGGUGGCGCGAAUGGGAAUGGAGGGGUGCUGCGAAUGUCCGUUGGCAUUGGCUCAUUUCCCUUUGGUCUGUUUGCCACCACCUUUAACUUUGGUGGUUUCGGCUUUGGCAGCGGCUCCGGUGGAGGUUCUUCAGUUGGAUUGGCCGGUUCUGGAAGCAGUGGUGCCAGUGGGACAGCUGGAGGCGGAGUUGUUGGGGCCGCUGGACAGUCAGCCAACGGGUUCGCUGGUUUUCAGCCUCUCGGAGAUGACUUAUUGCUAAACAAUUCUGAUGCCGAGAGGAUGAAUGGAAUUACAAUAGUUGAAGGCAUUCGCUUUAUUAACGUUUUUCUUGGUGGUCGUUAUCUUCUUCGUGAAGCCUUCCCCUUUCAACCUACCCUUGAUGCAUCCUCUAGCUUCUAA